GAGGUGACUGAAGGCAACACGACCACAAUUGAAGGGAGAAUUAUAGAGGAUGCUGAAACACCAACUCCUCCAAACCCUUCUGGCCAGUGUCCCAUCUGUCGCUGGAACCUGAAGCACAAGUACAAUUAUGUGGAUGUCUUGCUGCUGAGUCAGUUUAUCCGUUCUGAUGGAGGGAUGCUGCCACGAAGGGUCACAGGCCUCUGUUUGGAGGAGCACAAGAAGAUUGCUGUCUGCGUGCAGAUGGCUCACCGUGCAGGUUUGUUGCCAAACCACAGGCCUCAACUUCCUGAAGGGCACGUUCCCAAGAAACCGAAGCUCAACAGGUAUCUGACCCGCUGGUCCAUCAGAUCUGCAAAGCCCAUCUGGAAGAGGGGCCCGAAGUGGUGCAAAAAAACCAUGCCAGUUGGACACCCUUUGCUGAAGGAUAAUGUCUUAUAUGCACAGAAGCCUCUCUGUUUAAACCACUAGUGGCCAGAACUGGCAUAGUCAGUAAGCACAGCUGCUUUCCACUGUUCUGCUUUUUUGCAAGUUUGUCAGUAUCUCCAAUUUUCCUAUUCCAAAACUGUCAUUAGUACACCAUAUUGUCUCCAGAGAAUGAGCUGCGAUCUGCUGCUCUAUGAGAAUGUAAGAUCCAGCAAAGUGAAGUUCAAUGUGCAGAAUGACUUGGACCAAGCAGGGGGCAAAGACUUUUACAUUAAAGCCAGAAAGGAUCUGAAGGCUUUUGUUUCAUUAUGGUCCAUGACUGGGUUUUGAAAAAGUUGUUUCCAUCUUCUUCCAGCAAUGAAUGGUGAUUCCCCAUUAACAUGUUUGAACUCAGCUUUGCCUCAUUUGGGCUUUUGUACCUGUGGCACUGAUGGAAGAAAAAGUCUCCUGCAGCACUAUGCUUCCUUGGCAGUAACAGAAAUUGUUAAUGACUGCUGAAAUUAAUUUUUUUUAUAAUUUGUACUAUCCAUAAUUUGCAGCAGAACACCUGUGGCAGGACAGACAGGCAUGCGUGCAUCUUACAUGUCCCCUUAAGGAUUCCUGGCUUGUGCUUCACUCCUAGAUCUAGCAAAUACAGAAAGUUGACAUCCUUAAUGACUUGGCCAGUUUUUUCCCCUUGCAAACACAUUUGCUGCAAGUCUUC